AUGGCGCCGGGUCCGGAUCCCGCGCCGUCGCGGCACGCGAACCUCAGGGUCGACGCGACGCUGGAGUUCCUCGAGGCCGCGAUCCACCACACAUUACACGCCCGCGGCGUCUACCCCAAGGAGCUCUUCGAGCCCCGGUCGCUCUACGGCGCCAGGGUGCAGCGCUGCAGGCAUCCCGACCUCGACGCCUACAUCGGCGAUGCCGUCUCCGCCCUGCGCCGGCCCAUCGCCGCGGGCGACGUCAAGCGCGUGGUCCUCGCCAUCAAGGACGACGACGCCGCGGCGUCCGACGGGCCGCUCGAGAGGUUCACCUUCGAUUUCCUCCUCCGCGACGACGACGACACAGCUGGCGGCGGCGACACAGCUGGCGGGUUGAACGGAGGAGGCGUCGCGGAUGUCACCGGGGGCUCCGUUCGAGGACCGUCUCGCGCCGACGUGGAUCAGUGCCAACGAGCCUUCGCCGCGUGCCUGAGCAAGAUCGCCUUCUCCGACGCCCUGCUGACGCCCCUGCCGCAGGCGGCGAUGAACGCCGGGCGCCUUUCGUUCGAGAUUGUCGCGUAUUCCACUCGCGCGGGUGUCGCCGCACAGCUGUGCGCGGGCGGCAGUGGCCCCAACGAGUAUACUUGCGAGUGGACCGAGGAACGCGUCGGGUGCGGGACGAGUUACGCGACGGGCGACGCGUCGCGCGACGGCGGGACGGGUCCCGCGGGUGGGCGGGCGGCCGUCGGCGACGUGGAGCCCAGGUUGGAGUUCCGCGCUGGGACGGCGAAGGAGGUGGUGCCGGUGAAGAGCGCGGCGACGCCAAUCGUCAACCUGGACGUCUUCGUGGAGCGAAGGAGGAGUUCAGCCGGGUGA